GAGGCUACUGGGAGGGAGGAUCGGCCCGGUGGAUUUGCGCGCGCGCGCUUCACCCUGCGUCUGGUCUGGAGUGGAAGAGCGGUUGGCGCGGGAGGCGUCGCUCGGAGUAACGCUGGAGGACAAAAUGACUGGAUCAAAUGAAUUUAAGCUGAACCAGCCUCCAGAAGAUGGAAUCUCAUCAGUGAAAUUCAAUCCAAACACAUCUCAGUUUUUGCUUGUUUCUUCUUGGGACACUUCUGUUCGAUUGUAUGAUGUUCCUGCUAACACCAUGAGACUCAAGUAUCAACAUACUGGAGCAGUACUUGACUGUGCUUUUUAUGACCCUACACAUGCCUGGAGUGGAGGAUUAGAUAGGCAGCUGAAAAUGCACGACUUGAACACUGAUCAAGAAAAUCUUGUUGGCAAUCAUGAUGCUCCUAUAAGAUGUGUUGAAUAUUGUCCAGAAGUGAAUGUAAUGGUAACAGGAAGUUGGGAUCAAACAGUCAAGUUAUGGGAUCCAAGAACACCUUGUAAUGCAGGAACAUUUUCUCAGCCUGAAAAGGUGUAUACAUUGUCUGUAUCUGGUGACAGAUUGAUAGUGGGAACAGCUGGUCGAAGAGUUCUGGUGUGGGACUUACGGAACAUGGGCUAUGUUCAGCAGAGAAGAGAAUCAAGUCUUAAAUAUCAAACCCGUUGCAUCAGAGCAUUUCCCAACAAACAGGGUUAUGUGUUAAGCUCCAUAGAAGGUCGGGUUGCAGUUGAAUAUUUGGAUCCAAGUUUGGAGGUACAGAAGAAAAAAUACGCUUUCAAAUGCCACAGACUGAAGGAGAAUAACAUUGAGCAGAUUUACCCCGUCAAUGCCAUCUCUUUUCAUAAUGUCCAUAACACAUUUGCUACAGGUGGCUCUGAUGGCUUUGUCAAUAUUUGGGAUCCGUUCAACAAAAAAAGACUCUGCCAAUUUCAUCGUUACCCUACCAGUAUAGCUUCACUAGCUUUCAGUAAUGAUGGGACUACUCUUGCAAUAGCAUCCUCAUAUAUGUAUGAAAUGGAUGACAUUGAACAUCCUGAAGAUGGUAUCUACAUUCGCCAAGUGACUGAUGCAGAGACAAAACCCAAGUCAACUUAAUCUUGAUCAGAAACUUUUACUUCUAGCAAAACAAACCAAUCCUGGGAUUAAAUGAAGAUGUUUCAAUGUUGUCAUAAUGUUUCAUUGGGUAUAUUGUAAAUCUUUAAAAAAAAAAAUAGCCAAGAAUUCUUACCGUAUUUUUGUUCACCGUAUUUUGAAAUAUUUCUGUAAGCUAGUUCAUUCUUUUGAAAUGUGACAGUUGAAUUUUUGUAUAGAUUAAAUGGUGGCCUAAUUGUUUGAAUAAAUAUUUUCAACACACUCUCUCUCUCCCCCUUUCUAUCCCAAAAGCCAUACUUUCAGGUGCAGUGGCUAUAAAUGUUAAGUCCUGAAUUUAAUAAUGGUAUCGUUUUUGGUGUACUGGGCUUGUAUUGCAGCAACAACAAUAUGAUGAAGAAGAAAACAUUUUUCAAGCAGCAAAGCAACUUAAAUUUGAUUGAUGUUAACUCUAACCCUUCCCUGUUGAUUUUUUAUUGUAAUUAAGUAUGUCCUGUAGGUUUAAGGUAUUUACAGCCUAAAUUGAAGUUUUAUGGCUGCUUUUAAUGAUCAGUGUCUGCCUUGGAAAAAAGAAUACUUGGUCUUUUAACAAGCACCCCAAUUCUACAAUAGAUGUUUGUAUCAGAUAAAACUUGUUCCUACAAAUCUGUUGUUUUUGCAGGAUAUUAAUUUGAAAUAUAAUAAAUUCAGGAUAGUGUAUAUAUUUUGUAAAUUUUCUUAAUUUUUGAAACAGUUUUCAGUUACAACUAGAGCUAAAUUCUGAUGGCAAUAAAAUAUGCAAUUAAAAGUAAGAUUGUUAAGAAUAUCAACCCAUAGAGUCCAUGUGAAAAUUUUGACAAAUAAUUAUUUGUAGAUCCCAAGCUCUGCAAUCAUCUUCGAGACUUUUUCUGAAAUUUUAUUGUUUGGGAGGAAGCUUCGGAUAUUUUCUUUAUUGCUUAAACUAUUAAUCUGAUUUUAGGAUAUAUCUUGGCCGUUUUUAUUUCCCCCUUCAAAAUAAUUUAAGAUUACAUUAGUGGUUUUUAGAGAGGUGUUUUGGUGAUAAAGUUUAUUCGCUCUUGUUCUAAAAUUUGUAAUAGUUUACAUAGUUAUAGAAUAAGUUUGGUAUCUUAUGUUUAUUAUUAAUCACCAUCAGGUCAUCCAAUUAUCUUUCUGUAAUUGUCCCAAUACCCUAAUGGUUAAUUUCUGCCUUGGCUGUGUGAUUCAGAAAAUAUAUUUCAAGAAUAAGUAGCUAUCAACUAUUCUGUUUCCAUUAAAAAAGUUAUCAAUG